AAUCACACGCAUUCAGUUUUAAGAAACCUUGAUGUCUAAGUAGGACUACCGAAACGAAUACUGUUCAACCACAUGCCACGGUUAUCUGUAGGUUAGAAGCUUUACCCGGGUGCCUUUCUCAGAAUUGACGGGGCUGUUGGGGCACCGAACAGUGUAUUGACCAGCAUGCUGAAGGGGUGGCCAGUGUUUCAGCGCGGAAAGGAGAUAAUGGGAGGAAGAUGAGAAGGAAAACAAUAGCUAAACGCAUUCUCGACCUCGAAUAUGAAGAAGAGGAGGUGGAAGACGCAAAAUAUGAAGACUUUGACAUAACGACAUCUCACAGUCAGCCGCUAUGCCACAGGCUACCGAAGAGGAGAAAGCACACACACCCGUUAAAAGCGAACGGAGAGGAGAGUGCACCGUGCAACACCGUUCUGCAAAAGUUGAACGCAAGGGCACCAGAGCCAGACAGCCCUGCCGGGGAACACAUCGACCAUGGCGACUUAAUAACAGAGGGGUUCGGAGGUCUCCAUUCUCGUUCCAGAGCCGAGCUGGUCGCCAUGGUGCUGAGCAUGCAGAGAGAGAUGGACAGUCUGAGGGAGCAGGUCCGGUGUCUCACAGCUUGUGGUAAACUGGCCCGGAACCUGGAAGCCUUGAUUGAGAGGACAGAGUCCUGGUCUGCCGGGGACAGAAGAACUUCAUCUCCCAGCAUGCCUGAGGUGCUGGUGCGGAGCGCCAUGACCCCCGCGAUGCUGCCGCCUCCGGGGGGGGUCCUGAACGGCCGCUGGGCCAAGCUGGAGGCCCCCCUGAACGGACACCACCCCCAGGAGCGAGGGGCCGAGGUCACCGGACCCCCCCUUUACCAAGAGUUCAUCACAGCAGAGCUUCUGGAACGCUGCAACACGGGCACCACGGCCCAGAAGCUGACCAACGACCUCCUGAGGGGCCUGUACGAGAGGGACUGCCUGGCCUCGCACUCCAUCUCUGGCAUCGUCAACAACAAGAGGGGCCUGCCCAAACCAGCGCUGCCUGCAGACCAGAUCCAGGCCAUCCUCAGGGCAGUGCAGCACUACUUCCCAGGGAAGACCGACUCGGAGAUCAAGGGCUACAUCCGCCAGAAGCUCCAGAACGAGGCCAAGCGUCUCCGCAAGAAGCCCCACCUGGCGGUGAAGGCCGAGCCCGGGGAGGAGGAGGGCCCGGGCGCCUACACUGUAGACACUCAGGCCUGGUCUCGGUCCGCCCGACUUCCCCCGUCACCUUCCAUCCAGGGAGCCUGGGCCCCAGUCGCCGCCCCCGUCCAGGGAGCCUGGGCCCCA